CCAGAGGCAGCAGGCUACGGUCUUACCAAUCUACCCAGAUUACUUCUCCAGAGGAAAAUCAAAACCCAAAUAAAGCACGAAAUCACCAUGAACCGCUACGCGGUAAGCUCGCUGGUGGGGCAGGGAUCCUUCGGGUGCGUGUACAAGGCGACACGCAAGGAGGACAGCAAGGUGGUGGCCGUCAAAGUGAUCUCCAAGCGCGGAAGAGCCACCAAGGAGCUGAAGAACUUGCGCAGGGAGUGCGACAUCCAGGCCCGGCUGAAGCAUCCGCACGUCAUCGAGAUGAUAGAGUCCUUCGAGUCGAAGACGGACCUCUUCGUGGUCACCGAGUUCGCCCUGAUGGACCUGCACCGCUACCUGUCCUACAACGGGGCCAUGGGCGAGGAGCCGGCGCGCCGGGUGACCGGGCACCUGGUGUCGGCGCUGUACUACUUGCACUCGAACCGCAUCCUUCACCGGGACCUCAAGCCGCAGAACGUACUGCUCGACAAGAAUAUGCACGCCAAGCUCUGCGACUUCGGACUGGCCCGCAACAUGACCAUGGGCACCCACGUCCUGACCUCGAUCAAGGGAACACCCUUAUAUAUGGCCCCCGAGCUGCUGGCGGAGCAGCCGUACGACCACCAUGCGGACAUGUGGUCCCUGGGCUGCAUCGCCUACGAGAGCAUGGCUGGGCAGCCGCCGUUCUGCGCCAGCUCCAUCCUAACCCUGGUCAAGAUGAUCAAGCACGAGGACGUCAAAUGGCCGAGCACGCUCACCAGCGAGUGCCGCUCCUUCCUGCAAGGCCUGCUCGAGAAGGACCCCGGCAUGCGCAUAUCCUGGACGCAACUGUUGUGCCAUCCCUUCGUCGAGGGCCGCAUCUUCAUCGCCGAUCUGCAGGCGGAGGCGGCCAAGGAGUCGCCCUUCACAAAUCCCGCGGCCAAGGUGAAGCUGCCCCAGCCCUCCAACCAGGAGGCAUGUGAUCUUGACGAAGCCCUGGCCGCUUUGAACUUCGGUGAGGCGCGACAGGAGAACCUUAGCACCUCACGCGACAGCAUCAACGCCAUUGCGCCCAGCGAUGUGGAGCAACUCGAGACAGAUGCUGAGGACAACAUGCAACGCGUAGUUGUUCCGUUUGCGGAACUAUCCUUCAGAGAUCUGUCCGGUGUGCGGGCAAUGCCGGUGGUCCACCAGCCGCUCGUCAACUCGCACACCUGCUUCGUUAGUGGCAACUCGAACAUGAUACUCAAUCACAUGAACGACAACUUCGAUUUUCAGGCCUCUCUGCGGGGCGUGGUUGCCAAGCCGAAAGUCGUUCCGGCCGUGCGACAGUCACGAAGCAAGGAUCUAGAGAAGCGUAAGCUAAGCCAAAACCUGGAUAACUUCUCAGUGCGCUUGGGUCAAAGCGUCGAUACUGAGGCGCAACGUAAGGCCACGGAGGUUCUCACCCAGGAGAAACUUACCCAAGAGAAGAAGCCCCCUGCUCCGUCGAAUGCACAAACAAAUCCACAACCCCCGCAGCAACAGCCACAGCAAUUGAAACACUCGAUGCAUUCCACCAACGAGGAGAAGCUGAGCAGCGACAACACUCCGCCCUGCCUGCUGCCGGGAUGGGACAGUUGCGAUGAGUCUCAAAGUCCUCCCAUCGAAAACGAUGAGUGGCUAGCCUUCCUAAACCGUUCAGUGCAAGAGCUGCUUGACGGCGAACUGGACUCACUGAAGCAGCAUAACCUGGUCAGUAUUAUUGUGGCGCCGCUGCGCAACUCCAAGGCCAUUCCCCGGGUGCUCAAGAGCGUGGCCCAGCUACUGUCGCUGCCCUUUGUGCUGGUGGAUCCUGUGCUGCUCGUCGAUCUCGAGCUAAUUCGUAACGUGUAUGUGGACGUCAAACUGGUUCCCAACCUAAUGUACGCCUGCAAGCUGCUCCUGUCGCACAAGCAGCUUUCUGACUCCGCCGCCUCCGCCCCACUCACAGUGGGCUCCCUCAGCCGGACGCUGCGAAGCAUCCCGGAACUUACUAUCGAGGAGCUGGAGACGGCCUGCAGUCUGUACGAGCUGGUUUGCCACUUAGUGCAUCUACAGCAGCAGUUCCUCACCCAGUUCUGCGAUGCCGUGGCCAUUCUGGCUGCAAGCGACCUUUUCCUGAAUUUCCUCACCCACGACUUCAGACACUCAGACUCUGACUCCGCUUCUGUGCGCCUGGCUGGCUGUAUGUUGGCCUUAAUGGGUUGUGUGCUGCGCGAACUGCCGGAAAACGCAGAACUGGUGGAGCGGAUCGUCUUUAACCCGCGGCUAAACUUCGCCUCGCUUCUGCAAAGUCGUCACCACUUGUUGCGGCAACGCUCAUGCCAGCUGCUGCGCCUCCUGGCCCGCUUUAGUCUGCGCGGAGUGCAGCGUAUUUGGAACGCAGAGCUGCGAUUCGCGCUACAGCAGCUAUCCGAGCAUCACUCGUACCCGGCUCUCCGUGGGGAGGCCGCCCAAACCCUCGACGAGAUCAGCCACUUCACUUUUUUCGUCACCUAGCCGGCACUUUCCUUUAUUGGCCCCAGGCGUCUCUAUCCGAGCAGAUCCUGAAUGUUGCCCUGGAAGUAGUCGAGCAGCUCGUCGAUGUAGUUCCCGAAGCGAUCGAAGUUGAGGAGGUAGUCCUCGCUGCAGUCCUGUUCGUACAUCUCGUUUAGCUUGGACACAUCCUUGUCGGAGAGGCCGCGUCUCUGGCCGAGCGAGGCGUACGGAUCCUGAAGCGAAGGAGCGGAAUGAGCGGUACGAUGCAAUUUCAUCAUAAAUCGAGAAUCAUCAAGAAACCUAAAGAACUUCGAAUUUAUUCUUUCCUCAACUGAAACUGCAAUAACUACUGAAUCUCCAUUCCCUUUAAAGAACCCUCUGAACCAAUUAAAUAUAGUGGUUUCAGUAAGUCACCCUAUAUGUCUGGUUAAAGCACCAUUAUAAUUUCCUUUAAAAUACAUCCAACAAAACAUGGAAUUACUCUGCUUCAUUUACACAAUUUUCUUCAUGUGUACUUAUACGUGAUGUGGCCAAGUAUAAAUAUAGGAAUUUAACGAAACUGAUUAUACUUAAAUCAUUAAUUAGGUCAAAUCUCACUCUAUUAAUUCGUUUCUCGAAUGCAUAUAUUACUGUUGAAUUAAAUGUAAGAUGAACUACGAAUUCUUUCAUUCUCAAUAAUAUAUUUAUGUUUCCUACUUUGUUAAGGAUUACGAUUAUCUAAGAUGGAUUGUUAGAACUAUAAUUUGACAUUAAAAAUAUAGAAAUGUUACAGUA